AAAUGCUACAACUGUUUCACGCAAAUGGAAAUAGAAUGGAAAAAGAACUCAACCGAACCCUCUUCCAAAAUGAGGUCAUGGAAUGCACUUGCCCGGAUGUUAUCUUCGACAGAGUGAACAAAAACAUUCGGUAUAGGCCGUUGCAUGGUCCCAAAAAACAUUCUUUCGGUCUGCUGACUGCCAGAAGAAUAUUUGUAAUAAACGACAAAAUCGAAGUAGUCAAAGGGGAAGACAUUCCCCAGUAUACGUCUAUAGACAAACCGUUUUAUCAAUUCAAGAUCGAAAAGUCUUCGAGAAGAGGUUUUAUUCGACUCAGAUACAUAGAUGCCAGCAAAGUGUCAAAAGUCCCUGAUGAUACGGAUGUUACAUACGAACCGAUCCCUGGAACUUCCAACAGUUCCGAUUCAGACAUGUACGAGUACAGAACAAUCACAGAUCUGAGAACUCCAAAACGUAUACAAAUUGAAAGAUUACCAGAAAGAAGAGAUACUCUACCGAACACCUGUUUUACUACCAGAAAAAUAAGAAAGGCCGACACUGACCUUCUAGAAACUAAUGAAAAUGGGGAAAACAUGGUUCUGAAGGAGGAGGACCUGGUAGAUACUGUGACUUACAUAGAUGCAGAGGGAUUUAUGAAUCACUUCAAGAACGUACUAUUUCCUAAUUCUGUGGGAAGGGCUUUAGGUUUUGAUGCGACGGAAAUAAGUUUGACUGAUUCCAUUCCAGGAAAAGUUUUCUGCAAUUUGAGUGAUGAGGAAGAUAAUCCACUUCCGUGCGAGGUUAUACCAUGUGUAAAGAUACCAUGGCCUGCAGAACAAGCAUUUGAGUUCAAACUCAGAGAAGAUAGGCCAACUAUAACGGACUUGAGAACGGGUAUUCGGUUUAAGUGGCCAACAGAUGAUAUGAUCAAAGAAAUCACUUCAAUGAACUGUGUAGCUGUUCCAAAGGGUUAUUGGAUGAAAAAAGGAGAAAACCCCGAUGCGAGCAUCGAAUGGGAAAUUGCCUUCCCAAAAGCCGAGAGAUUCUUAGAAGCCAGGAUGUCAAGCGAGCAAAUGCGAUGUUUCCUAUUCUUGUUGGUCUUGCAUAAGACCUACAUCGAACCUUACACAAAACAUAACGGUCUUCUAGUGGAACACAUCAGGUGCCACAUGUACUGGGAAUGCGAAGCCAACUACAGAGACUGGCCUCAGCACCGUCUGGGUUUAAGGUUGCUCAAAGUUAUUAGCAAUUUAGCAGAUCGCCUGGCACAAAACGACAUGCCGGAUUUCUUCAUCAGAAAUAAUAAUCUUUUUCGAAAUAUCCCGAACAUGUACUUACAAUUCGCUCAAAAAGUUUUGCAUGAUGUUCUCCAGGCCCCCACUAUGUAUUUUCUCAGGGCAUUGAGAAAUAUCCAAUACGCCAGCGGAGAUUUUUAUACACCUCUGGAUUUCAAAGAUCUCUACAAAACAAUCGAUCCGGUGCCUCAUAUCAACAUUUUCAGACCGAAUCUUGCCAUCUUGAACAUGAGGCAGAAGAAAUAUCAAGAUACCGAAACGCAAUUGAGGCACUUGAGAGAAUUAGAGAAUAGAAGAAAGUGGACAGAGCGCAAAAUGAAUCUCAUAAUGAAAGAAAAUGAAAGAAGAGAAUCAGUUGAUUCAAUCAACCUGGAUUGGGUAUGCGAAAAAGAAUUCGACAUUCACAAGAGGAGGAACAUCUUAACGCAAUUCGUCGAUAUCUUCAUAGAAAUAGCCAAAGACAGUGCGAAAAUCGGAUCUCAAACUCAGACUAGAUUCUUUCUGAAGCAGGCUUAUUACUUGACACGCAUCAUCGAGAAUACUUCAGCAGAAUUCAUCAGCGAUGCGCGAGAUACCUUGGAACUUAUCGCGUCCUUAGAAAAAGAUUGCAACAAAAGAAUAGCGACUGACGACAAUGUACCGCCAAUGACGCCAGCAAGGAAUUCUGUCCAGAUUGAUUCAAGUAUCAGUCAUCAACUUAGAAAUAACACGAUCAAUUUGAAUAAUCUGAAUAUGUCUUAUAACAUGACUGGAACUCCUCUUAAAGAAAGUCAGUCUUUUCAUAUGAAGAAAAAACCUCCGCAUAUAAACAGAGUGAAAUCUGUGGACCCUUCUACAACUAGAAAAAGUGUUUCAUUUGUUUAACCGUGAACAAGUGACAGACUGUGAUAUUCAAUUCAGAGCUGCCAUGACGUACUCUAUUUGGUGCUGAAAAUGUUAGUGCUUAGUAACUUGACAAAACUCUGUACGUUUUAAAAACAGACAUACGAUUGUAUUUCAAAGGUAUGACUUCCAAACGGACUAAAAUGUUUGUAUAUACGGGUUAUACACGGCUAAACGAGUAUACACUCGUCAAGGUGGACUUGGGACAUAUUUUGCGCUUAUAGACAAAUCCAAUUAAUUUUCUGAAAUUUCAAAUGAGUGCGGCCAUUGAAUAUUUACCUUGAUAAUCAGUUCAGUAACCAUUCAAAAGUUGAGUUUUGAGUCGAAAGAGCCAUUGAAUCAAGAAACGCCAGAUUGCUUUUUGCUCCUAUAACUUCUUAUCUAUACAUUUCUAAAUUUAUUCCGAUUUUUUUCAACCCUUAUUUCAUUUGGAAAUGUUAUUUUAUUCAGCUAAAAUUUAUUGAUUGAAUAUUACCACCAAUCAGCAUUACACUGUCUAGAUAAAAAAAAGAAAAUCAUAUACAAAAAUAAAAAGGGAAUACUUAUCAUAAAUAUUAUUCAAGGCCAUAUCUUUCAUUAUAGCGAUAUUUUUAUUUAGUAGGUAGUUUUUUAUGAACCUUUCAGAUUUAUUUUAAAUCAAUCACAUUGUGGAAGGAUCAAUUCAAAUGGAAAAUGAAUCUCUUUCGAAUUGGAUGGAAUUUUGAUAAGUUGUAGUUCAUAACAUUUCGAUCAAAAUACUUCAUUUUCUUAGAUAUCGAAGGUCAAAGGUGCUAUAUCACAGCUGUUUAAAAUGCGAUUGCGACAGUCGCUUCACUUCGCAAAUGAAAAAUAUUCGAUUGGCAUUGGCGUUCUAGUUUAAGGGGGGGUGAAUGGGACCAUUCGUAAAAAACAUUUUUUUGUGAAAUAUUUAAAAAAAUGUGUGAAAAGAAGUUUUUCCAUUUUCUAUGCAAUGAUAUAAAAGUACCUAUAAAGUCGAUUUUUUUAUAACAUUUAGAAUUCUCAUGUUUUAAUAUUAAUGUCACAGUAUGAAAUACUUGUCACAAGACAAAAAUAAUGAAUGAAAAUGAAACUACAUAAAGUUAUUUACCACUAUAUAUGUAGCAAAUUUGUAUUGAAAAGACUAAAUCGUUAUCUUUUUGAUAAGCUAUUUUAUGCAGAGACUAGAGAAUUACUCUCCCUCACACUGUAGGUACCCCUUCAAUUUCUCCAACAGCUCACCGUAGCUGAUAAUAAUCUAUCUCUUCACUAAAUCUAAAAAAAAUAUUCCUAUACACGAUUUUUCGUUGUUGAAAUUGUCAUGGAAAGGGAAAAAAAUUCUAGAAUUUUAUUUAUUUAUACAUACUAGUUUUCACAACUCCACUUGAAUGGGGGUUUAUACCACUUUGACAUUUCUUGAUUUUAUUGUUAUUCAAAGAAUGGGUUUAUUGUAAUUAUAUUUCAAUUCUAUCCUUCGAAAAGACAAAAAGUGUCGAAAGUUUUGCAGAGUAGAAAAGAUUUUUACUUAUAACCGCCCGACUGAAUAAGCACUAUUUCACUGAAAAGAUUCAAUUAUAAUCGAAAAUUCCACUAUACAUAUAAAACCAGUUUCUUUCUUCAAACUCAGUUUAAAAUAAAAUACGAAUAAUAAGCGCAAAAUAUUGUUCUCAUCAAUAGAAGUGGUAGGGUCUGAUUUUAGUUUUCAUUUCUCUCGGAACAAUCGAUAGUUUUCUGUUCCCACUUUUGUUAUUUCGAAAAGGGUGGAAGUAUUGUUUUCUACAUGGGAAUAAAUUGCUGGAUUUCGUUUGUUAGCUAAACAGCCUCUUAAUAAUAUGAAAAUACUACAAACAAAUUUUUUUUCUCUUUCAUAUUUGAUCCAGAAUGAACCAAUUUUCAAUGUGGACCAAUGGACCAAUGAACGAAACAUUUCAUGGAAAAUUGAUUCAUACCAGGUCAUUACAAACAUAAAUAGCACAAAAUGUUAAUUUGCAAAACUUGUUAGUUGGACAAUUAACCGUAAAUUACUUGAUUUAGAAGCAAUUAGAUUGAUUAUAAUUUUCAUUUCAUUGAAUAAUUAAAAGUUGAAUAAUAAUUGAAAAAUAAAAAAAACAUUCUUCUACGUCGAACAUUUUCAAGUCAAUUAGAAGCCCAUCUAUAAAUAUUUCACUUCUUGUAGUUUCCAUUGGCAUAUUUCUAGGUAAGAUAAUUUGUAUUCAUCCUGUUAAAACAUUCAUAUAUCGUUGACUACUUAUUUUGUGUGAGAUUGGUGAAUAGAAGAAAACAUCAUAAGUACUAAAAUGUACAAAUUUUAUUGUAUAAAAAUUUAAAUAUUGAAAUUACAUUCAAGAAUCAUCUAUACAUAUUCACAUUUAUUAUUUAAGGUACUAUUAAUAAGUACGAAUUAUUUAUUGAAACAUCAUUUAUAUGUGUCCAAAUUAAUUCUGUAAAUAUAAAAUAACUACUCGAA